AUGUAUACUCUACUCAUUAUACAGCUCCUGAUUUCCCUCCUCGUCUUCCCAAACGCUGCUCUCUCCGACCGCCCCCCAGGCAAAGACGCCAUCCUCCUCUCGCGCGUCCGUUCACUCACCCUCCGCGGAAAUCGUCUCACCACUUCAAGACGAGUAUCUCCAAUCCCGCAGCUAAAAUGCACCGGCCCGUCCAAGCGCAUCUGCAAUAUGUACGAGAUCGACACAAUGCGAUGCACAAACGAAGGCUACGACUACGAUGAAGAAGACGUCCAGUGGACCUGCACUGCAUCACUCCCACGAGAAUUCAAGCUCGGGGCUACGGACGUGAUUUGUGAGGGAUACCGGAAUGCCGACGAUAAGUGGAUAUUGAAAGGGAGUUGUGGAGUCGAGUAUCGCCUACUGCUGACGGAAGCCGGGGAGGAGAAAUUUGGACACUUGCGCAAUGAGAGAUCAAGCUCUUCAAAUGAUGAGCUUGGCCCCGGAGGCAAAGUGAUCUUCUUUGGGUUUAUGAUCGCAGUUUUUGCGUUCAUUUUGGCAGCGUUUUUCAAUGAGUGUUGUGGGUCGGGGGCGAAUCGGCCACAGCGACGACGACGUGGUGGUGGUGGUGGUGGUGGUGGUGGUGGUUACGGGGAUGAUGGCCCUCCGCCUCCGUACUCAGCCUCGCCGCCUCCUUAUACUCCUUCUUCGGACCCUAAUGAGCGCUGGAGACCCGGGUUUUGGACGGGUGCGUUGGGUGGUGGGGCGGCUGGUUAUGCGCUGGGAAGAAGAAGCGCUGGGAAUCGGUCUAGUUCGUCAUCUACAUGGAGCCGGUCCUCCUCGUCCAGAAGAUAUGAUGACCCUGGGGAGGGUAGCUCAGGAUCGCGCACUCCGCGCUUCUCCAGCACCGGAACAAGUACCGGGUUUGGCUCAACACGCCGCAGGUAA